CUAAAAGGGCCAAAACCCCUUUCUGUUUGUUCCUUCCCCAAAGACGCGUGAGAGAGAGACUCUCUCUAUUCUAAAUUCUUCUUCGCCCUAAAAUUUCUUAAUUCAAUCUCUUUCUCAUCUCUCUCUAAAAACCCUAAUUCUUCUCCCGCGUCUUCUGAAUCAAAGCCUCGCGAAUCAAGAUUGUGUAGAAAUAUGGAUGCUCUAAGGAAACAGUUAGAUGUGUUGAUGGGAGCAAAUCGUAACGGAGAUGUGACCGAAGUCAAUCGAAAGUAUUACGAUAGAGAUGUCUGUCGUCUCUUCUUAGUCGGUUUAUGCCCUCAUGAACUCUUCCAAUUGACGAAAAUGGAUAUGGGUGCGUGUUCUAAGGUGCAUUCACUACAGUUGAGGAAAGAAUAUGAAGAAGCCAAAGCUAGUGGUAGUCAUAGUUAUGAAAGAGAAUUGGAGGAUGUCAUAGAUAGGCUUAUUGUUGAGUGUGAUCGGAAAAUUACAAGAGCUCUUAAGCGCUUGGAGGAAGAUGAUGCUAAAGCUGCUAUUGCCAUCUCUGUGUCUGAGGUUACCCAGUCACCUGAGGUGCUUGAGUUAUCAAAACAAAUUGCGGAGAAGUUAAAAGAAGUUGAUAAACUUGAUCUUGAAGGUUUGGCUGAUAGUAAGAUUCGUGCUAUGGAGUUGGUGGAAGAACUUAGAACAAAGAGGGCAGACAAACAGGCAAUGCUUCUUCUUGACGCCUUCAAUAAGGACAGAGCUUCUUUACAGCAGCCGCUUCCACCUCCUCCACCUUUGGCUCCAUUGCCUGUGCUUGCUCCUCCAGAUCAUCGAACCCAAGAGAUGAUCAAUGAGAAGUUGAAGAAGGCAGAAGAUCUUGGUGAGCUUGGCAUGGUGGAUGAGGCACAAAAAGCACUAGAGGAGGCUGAAGCUCUGAAGAAGUUAGGUGCAAGGCUGGAGCCGCUACCGGACUCCUCAAAAUAUACUGCUGCUGAUGUUCGCAUUACUGAUCAGAAGCUACGUGUAUGUGAUAUUUGUGGAGCAUUUUUGAGCGUGUACGACAGUGACCGCCGUUUGGCUGAUCAUUUUGGUGGGAAGCUUCAUUUGGGUUAUAUGCAGAUCCGUGAGAAGUUAGCAGAGCUUCAGGAAGACAGAAAUAAGAUUCGGAAGGUAGUGGAUCGAUCUGAAGAUGAUAGAAGAUCGAAAGAUCGAAGCGUGGACCGUGACAGAGCAUCAAGUAGGGAUCGUAGGGUUAGUAGGGAUGAUAGAGGUGAUACCCGCGAUCGAGGAAGAGAUUAUGACCGUAGGAACAGAGACCAUGACCGGGAUCGUAACAGGGAACGAGAGAGAGAGUCCGAGCGUUCCCGCAAUCAUGAUUCUAGGAGUCGCAGAAGAUCCCGAUCCCGGUCGAGGGAUCGUUCUUCAAGGGAUCAUGGCCGCCACAGCAGGCGGUACGAUCGCUACUGAUUGGUAUCCAAGUAACAAGAAGCAUGAGGAUAAAGCUGAAGGGAAGCUUUAGAUGUUAAAUCUUUACCGUACCAAGAAUCAUGUUCUGUUUUAAUGAUAUUUAGAUCUUGAUGUAGAUUAUGGUAAUCCGCCCGGUUGGCAUGAAAAUGUCAAUCUUUAUUUUCUGUUUACAUGAGAACAUUUUUUAGCUUAUGAAUUAUUUGCUUUGGUUGAGGAUUCAGCUAUUGUAACUUGUCAAGCAGUUUUCCCUAAUUUGUGUGCACCAAAGUUUUGCCAAUCUUGAAAUGUUAUAUCAUCCCUAUAGAUUGCGCUUCCGGUGCUAUUUCGU